AACGGGGUAAACCAUCAAGCCGGCGACAACGGAGGCCGGCCGCAAGUCCAGCAGAGGAUCGUGGCUGAUCUCGCACUGCUUCAUCAAAUGCGCCACGACAACAUCAUCCAGCCGCCACAACGUCGAAUCCGCCAGAUUGACGGGCAGCAGGCCCCAGACGAGCAGCACCACCCGGAAGGCGACUACCCCGACGGCGCACACCAGCCCCGCGAGCGCCAGCGAGUUCCCCUUCACGCGCAUUCGCCGAAUGGCCACGCCGAGCACCCAGUUCAAGUCGAGGCAGGCCCAGUCGUGAUCCGACGGGUCUACGAUUUGCGAGAAAGGCAUCCGGCCGCUCGCCAACCGGCUCCACAUGUCCAAGUCCAGCAUGCCGCCCAUGCUGCGCCCCCGGCAGCGCCUGCUGCCCCUCCGUUAUGCUGCCCAGAGCCCGACGGAGCCGUCGAUUCGAGCCUGGGUGCCCCAGCGUGCAAAGCGUGUCGGCGACUGGCAUCGAUGAGGACCCUCGAAAGCCGUGCCGUUCGUGCCUUGGCGACAACGGAGAAAGAUGAACCGCCGUGCGAGAAAGGGUGUGAUAGGACGAGUGGGUUUGAGAUUUCGACUAGACCACGUGAUCGUUGCAGUUUCCACACCGCCCAGCGCCUCGACCGGAUCGGCCUGCAGCGCCACCUCGUCUCCCUGCCA